AUGCCUCCUCCGUCUCCCCUAGUCAUCGCAACCGGCGCCGUCAACCGCCUCCUGAAAGAAGAAGCGUCUUAUCACAAGGAGCUCGAGGAGCAGGAGGCCCAGGUCAAGGCCCAGGAAGACAAAGUCAAGAGCGGGCAGGAAGACGAGGAUGGCAAUGCGACGUACAUUUUGAAGCAGCAGCAAAUGGUUGUCGAGCAGACAAAGGCCGUGUUUAAGCCUCUGAGGGAUCGAAUCCGGGCGGCCGUCGAGAAGCUCGAGGACCUUGUUGCGUCUGAGGAGAAGAACGAGACUGCUACGCCGGAGGAGUUGGCGAAUGCAAAGGCGGCGUUGGAC